AUGGCCAGAUUUCUGCCCCACUGCUGCUGCAUUCUCACUUUUGCUUUCUUCCUCUUAUUCCCCAACGCCGCCGCCACCCGCCACAAUAUGAUCGGCGGCGGCGCCACCAUUCAGGCCGCCAUUGAUGCCGUCCCGAUGGGGAACAAGAAAUGGGUUACGAUUGUCGUCAAAGCUGGGGUUUACAGGGAAAAAGUGAAGAUUCCGGCGGGGAAAGAGUUCAUAUAUUUGAAGGGGGAAGGGAUGGGAAGAACAGUGGUGACGUGGGGAGACCAUGAUUCCAUGUUGUCUUCUGCCACUUUCGAGUCUUUGGCGGACAAUAUUUUGGUUUCUGGGAUUUCCUUCGUGAAUUCUUACAACUACCCGGCGGCGGGGGGUGUUCCGGUGAAGGCGGCGGUGGCGGCGAAGAUCUCCGGCGACAAGGCGGCGUUCUUUGAGUGCAGCUUCUCGGGGUAUCAGGACACGCUCUUGGAUGACGCGGGCAGACAUUAUUUCAAGGAGUGUACUGUUGAAGGAGCCAUUGACUUCAUUUUCGGAGGUGGUCAAUCUAUCUAUGAGAGAUGCAGAAUAUGGGUAAAUGGUGGAACAAUAAAGCCAGCUCCAGUGGGAUACAUAACGGCACAGGCAAGGAACGAGGCCUACAACGGCGGCGGAUUCGUGUUCAAGCAAUGCAACGUAACCGGUAAUUGUAAGGCAUUCUUGGGCAGGGCCUGGAAAUCAUAUUCCAGAGCUCUUUAUUACCGAUCCUAUCUUUCCGACAUCGUCGUGCCUCCGGGAUGGGAUGCAUGGUCUUCUGCUGGCCACGAGUCUCAGUUAACCUUUGCGGAGGAAGAAUGCUACGGUUUAGGGUCGAAUAAGAGGAAUCGAGUCAGGUGGGAGAAAACCCUAAGCAGAGACCAACUGCGUUCAUUAACAAGUAUUACUUUCGUUGAUUCCGAUGGAUGGAUGCAAAAAUUACCUCUAAAGAUUCAGUAUCUGUAA